GGUUAUUCUUGUUUCAUGGCAAUGAUGGCAGCUACAGUAGGGGUGAGAUAGCGACAACAGCAGCUGUUAGCUACCUAGCUGGCUGCUUCGCACUAAACGUGCUCUCAGCGCCUCCCGCUGAUUGCUUAUGUAUGAUAUGGUGCAGCUACACUCUUGGAAGACUGAAUUUUUUUUUACUAUAAACAAACUCCUGGAAACGAGAUUAGAUACGCUAGGUCGUUAGCUAUGUCGCAACCAAAUAGCUAGGUAGCUAGGGUUAAGUGAGGUUAUUUAUGUUUUCAAGUCUCGUUUUGACUAGGUAGGUAGCAACGGAAACCACGGACAUUCAGGCAUGGCGGUGUCGCUGCGGGGCCUGUACUUCGUGGUCACCCUCUUCCUGGGCAGUUUUUUCGGCAGCAUCUUCAUGCUGGGCCCGUUCCUGCCCCUCAUGCUGCUCUCCCCGGCCUGGUACCGCUGGCUGACCGACCGCAUCGUCGCCACCUGGCUCACGCUGCCCGUGGCUCUGCUGGAGCUGGUGUUUAAGGUGAAGGUGGUGAUCACGGGGGACGGCUUCGUCCCGGGCGAGCGCAGUGUGAUCAUCAUGAACCACCGGACGCGGCUGGACUGGAUGUUCCUGUGGUGCUGCCUGCUGAGGUGCAGCUACCUGCGGCUGGAGAAGAUCUGCCUCAAGGCCGCGCUCAAGUCCGUACCGGGCUUCGGCUGGGCCAUGCAGGUGGCCUCCUUCAUCUUCAUCCAUCGACGCUGGGAGGAUGACCGGCAGCACAUGGAGAACAUGCUGGAGUACUUCUGUGACAUCAGAGAGCCUCUGCAGCUGCUCAUGUUCCCCGAGGGCACUGACCUCACUGACAACACCCGGGCCAGGAGCGACGAGUUCGCCCAGAAGAACGGGCUGCCCAAGUACGAGUACGUGCUGCACCCCCGCACCACGGGCUUCACCUUCAUCGUGGACACGCUUCGCAAAGGUGACAAUCUGGACGCCAUCCACGACAUCACGGUGGCCUACCCGCAGAACAUCCCGCAGACAGAGCGCCACCUGGUGCUGGGGCUGUUCCCGCGGGAGAUCCACUUCCACGUGCGGCGCUACCCGGUGUCCUCGCUGCCCGCCGCGGGGGCGGAGCUGCAGGCCUGGUGCCAGGAGCGCUGGGCGGAGAAGGAGGAGCGCCUGCGGGCGUUCUACACGGGCGCCCGCGUCUUCGACGCGUCCCGCCGCAGCCGCAUCCCGCCCUGCAAGACGGAGCUGCGCGUGAUGCUGAUCAAGGCGGCGUCGCUGCUGUACUGGAGCGCCUUCAUCGCGCUCUGCUGCGCCGGCCUCUUCCUCUCCCCGCUGCUGCGCGCCUACUUCCUGCUCAUGGUGCUCUUCUUCUUGGGCCAGCAGAGGGCGGCGGGGGGCCUGGAGCUGCUGGAGCUGGCCUGCCACCGCCACUGGGCGGGGGGCGGGGCCAGGGGCGGGGACGAGAAGGCCGACGCCCAGAAGAAGCGGUGAGGCGGCGGACGAAGGUCCCCGGCGAGAAACGCGGACGUGUCCGAGGG